CCAAUCCUAUUCCACCUCUGAGAGCUUGUGCAAGGAACCCUUUAAAAUCGCUCUACAUCUCAAUCUUAUCCAACAUUUCCACGCACAGCGCGCUGAGUUUGCACGUGCCAGAAAUUUACAUCAACAGAAGUAAACUUUUAUUUAUUUUUUUAGACUUUGAAAAUAACUUAAAUCAUCGAGCGUUUGUGCUCACGGAAACUAAAGUAUCAUAAAAAAUGGCCCUCCUGAAUAAUUUUACAGCAUGUUUGAAAUAUUUUCAAGGAGACCGGCUACACAAUCAGGUAUUCUUCUUUUUACGCGCCGUACACAAGUCUGCAGCCAGCGAGUCUUACGGGGUGUCCCCAACCAGAGAAGGAGCGAUGCCUGAGAGGAUAAUCACAGAAGUCGGCGAGAAAACUCAAAUCAAGAGCCUGGAGGAGAUGCCUGGACCCAGCACCUUAUCCAACUUGAUUGAGUUCUUCUGGAGAGACGGGUUCAGCAGAAUUCAUAACAUCCAGUUGGAGCACUCGAAGAAGUUUGGCAAAAUUUUCAAAUCUCGUUUUGGACCCCAGCUGGUGGUCUCGGUGGCGGAUCGUGACCUGGUGGCCGAGGUGCUGAGGGCUGAAGGUGUGGCCCCUCAGAGAGCUAACAUGGAGUCCUGGAAGGAGUACAGAGACAUGAGGGGCCGUGCUACAGGCCUCAUCUCAGCGGAGGGAGAGGACUGGCUGAAGAUGCGGAGUGUGCUCAGACAGCUCAUCAUGCGACCCCGGGAUGUAGCAGUCUUCUCUGAUGAUGUGAACCAAGUGGUGGAUGACCUGAUCAAGAGAGUCAGUAUUCUGCGCACCCAGGAGACAGAUGGAGCAACUGUCCUCAAUGUGAAUGAUCUCUUCUUCAAAUAUGCCAUGGAAGGUGUUGCAGCCAUUUUAUAUGAAUGCCGACUGGGCUGCUUGCAAGACCAGAUUCCAGAGGACACACAAGACUACAUCGGUGCACUCCACCUCAUGUUCAGCUCCUUCAAGACAACCAUGUACGCCGGCGCGAUCCCCAAAUGGCUCCGCCCCAUCAUCCCCAAACCAUGGGAGGAGUUCUGUCAGUCGUGGGACGGCCUCUUCAAAUUCAGCCUCAUUCACGUUGAUAAGCGUCUCUCGGAGAUUAAGGCCCAGCUGGAGCGGGGCGAGGAAGUGAAGGGUGGACUGCUCACACACAUGCUAGUUACCAGGGAGAUGACCAUAGAGGAGAUUUACGCCAAUGUAACGGAGAUGCUUCUGGCCGGCGUUGACACGACGUCCUUCACCCUGUCAUGGGCCAGCUAUCUGUUAGCCCGACACCCUCAAAUACAGGAGCAAAUCUUUACAGAAGUGACGAAUACUCUGGGACAUGGAGCAAUUGCCACAGCUGAUGAUGUCCCUCGUCUUCCUCUCAUCAGGGGGCUGGUCAAAGAGACUCUCAGGCUUUUCCCAGUCCUCCCAGGAAACGGGCGGAUCACACAGGAUGACUUGGUGGUGGGCGGAUACUUCAUCCCCAAAGGGACUCAGUUGGCUCUUUGUCACUACCACACAUCCAUGGAUGAAGAAAACUUCCCCGAAGCUAUAGACUUCCGUCCAGAUCGCUGGAUAAGGAAAGAUUCCACAGAUCGUGUCGACAACUUUGGUUCAAUUCCCUUCGGCUACGGCAUCAGGAGCUGCAUUGGGAGAAGAAUAGCAGAGUUAGAGAUGCAUCUCGCUCUCACAAGGCUCAUUCAAAAGUUCCACAUUGGUGUUUCUCCUCUCACUGCUGAUGUCGAGGCCAAAACCCACGGCCUGCUCUGCCCCUCUGCCCCCAUUAACCUGCAGUUCAUUGAUAGGAAGAGCUAGACGCUUACUCUUAUACAUAAGGACUACUGCAGUGAUUGAUUUUUAAGUGCUGAUGCAUUAUUAGUUGUUUUUUUUAAACACACUGCCUUUAGAAAACCUUCCUCUGUAGGAUUGUAAAUACAGACCUGAGAUUGAGGUAUAACCUUGUUCUGUUCUGUAGUGGGAAAGAUGUAAAAUAGUCCAUGAUGUAAAGACAAGAGCUGUGUUUUUCUGUUGAUUAUUUGUACUUAAAGAAACCGCUGCAAUUCAGAUUGUUACACUUUUCAUAGCGAUUGGUGGGUGGAAAAAAAUAACUUUAAUCUGCAUACAGAAACGGUAUCCUUUUUAUAGCAAUGUGCACACAGAUUAAUACACAAUCACAACUUUUCCUCCCACUAGUUUGGGAAAGAUUUCUCACUGAAUUACGCCGUGAAUGUCAAAUGGCAAAAAUGAAUGUACUGAAAUGUGCUGCUUUCAGAGGUACAUAUGUACAGUGGAGGAAAUAAUUGUUUGAUCCCCUGCUGAUUUUGUAAGUUUGCCCGAUUACAAAGAAGUGAGUGGUCUAUAAUUUUUAUGGUACUUUUAUUUUAACAAACAGAGACAGAAUAUAUAAAAAAAAAAAGUCCAGAAAAAAAAAUUACAUAAAGUUAUAAAUUAAUUUGCAUUUGAUCGAAGGAAAUAAGUAUUUGAUCCCCAUGCAAAACAUGACUUAGUACUUGGUGGAGUAACUCUUGUGACAAGCACAGAAGUCAGAUGAUUGUUGUAGUUGGUCACCAGGUUUGUACACAUCUCAGGAGGGAUUUUGGUCCACUCCUCUUUACAGAUCCUCUCCAAAUUCUGAAGGUUUUGAGGCUGUCGCUUUGCAACUCGAACUUUUAGCUCCCUCCACAAUUUUUUUUUAAUAGGAUUAAGUUCUGGAGACUGGCUAGGCCACUCCUUGACCUUAAUGUGCUUCUUCUUGAGCCACUCCUUUGUUGCCUUGGCCGUAUGUUUCGGGUUGUUGUCAUGCUGGAAGACCCAUCCAAGACCCAUCCUCAGUGCUCUGGCUGAGGAAAGGAGGUUCUCGUCCAAGAUCUUACAGUACAUGGCCCCAUCCAUCGGCCCCUCAAUGCGGUGAAGUUGUCCUGUACCCUUAGCAGAGAAAUAGCCCAAAAGCAUAAUGUUUACACUUCCAUACUUGACGGUGGGGAUGUUGUUCUUGGGUUGGUAUUCAGCAUUUCUCUCCCUCCAAACACAACAACUGGAGUUUAUGCCAAAGAGUUCAAUUUGGUCUCAUCUGACCACAUCACCUUCUCCCAAGGCUUCUCUGAAUCAUUUAGGUGUUCAUUGGCAAACUUCAGACAGGCCUGUACAUGUGCCUUCCUGAGCAUGCGGACCUUGCGGGCACCGAAGGAUUUCAGUCCAUCCCAGCACAGUGUGUUACCAAUGGUUUUCUUGGUGACUGUGGUCCUAGCUGCAAAGCUCCUCCCGUGUAGUUCUGGGUUGAUCCCUCACCCUUCUCAUGAUCACCCUUACCCCACGAGGCGAGAUCUUGCAUGGAGCUCCAGACAGAGGGCGAUUGAUGGUUAGUUUAUAUUUCUUCCAUUUUCUUAUAAUUCCACCAACAGUUUCUCCUUCUCACCAAGCUUCUUGCUGAUGGUCUUAUAGCCCAGUCCAGCCUUGUGCAGGUCUACAAUUGUGUCCCUGAUGUCCUUUGAAAGUUCUUUGAUCUUACCCAUGGUGGUGGAGUGGAUAACCAGAAAUCAUGUUGGUUUGUAGGGGAUCAAAUACUUAUUUCCUUCAAUCAAAUGCAAAUGAAUUUAUAACUUUAUACAAUGUUUUUUUCUGGACUUUUUUUUAAAAUAUUCUGUCUCUGUUUGUUAAAAUAAAGGUACCAUAAAAAUUAUAGACCGCUCACUUCUUUGUAAUUGGUCAAACUUACAAAAUCAGCAGGGGAUCAAGUAAUUAUUUCCUCCACUGUAUAUAAUGCGCUUUACUGUUUUGUGUUGCGAACAAAAAAACAGAAGCAGACUGAGGAAGAAAAAAGGUGGCAUUACAUGAUUAUAAAUCAAUGUAUGUAAUGUAACACAUUUUAGAAUAUAAUGAUAUUUUUUUUAAUUAAUGAGAGUAAAAAAAAACACAUUUU